AUGGUCACCAUCAUGCAGGCGUAUGUCAGGGGAUGGCUUGAACGCAAAAGAUUGCAAAGAGUAAUGACCAAGGCUUUAUAUCAUGGACCGGAUAUGAAAGCAGUUAUUAACAUGUAUGGCAGACUAAUCCACCGUGUUAGAUAUCGACGUGGUCUUUGGAGGACAAGACAAAUUGUCAACUUAUCAGAGCUAGAGGAAUGGAUGGACCGAAAAAAAUUCUAUGAAAUAAUGUUUGCUAAGAGAGAAUAUUGGCCAAAAAUGGAAAGAAGUGAGCUCCCCAAUUUCUUCAGUGACUGUGGACAUUUCCCAACUCAGAAACAAAUUGAUGAUACUUGGGACCUGGUCCAUCAAGAUGGCAAAGAAAAAUAUUCUGACCUAAUCAAAAAGUCCAAAGCAAUUGAAAUGUUAUUUACACUCUAUCCUCCUGAAGGUGCACACGUGCCUAACAGUACACUACUCAAGUCAACUUGGUUGAGACCCAUAGUAAAUGGGGAAGAAGGUUAUAAAUAUAUAGCACUGUCUGUCCUCAAGCUCCGCAACCCUCUGGACUAUCACAAAUAUGCUCAACUUGUUUCUCUCCUUUGUUAA